UUCUCUUGCUAUAGUUUUUAUCAGCAGCUGCAACAUUCGCUUGAUAUGGACAGCAUAUAAACCUCUCUCUGCCUAUGUAUUAUGUCCUUCAAAAUUUCGACAUUCAUAUGGUUUGAUUUGAGUAGCUGCAUUUAUCUGACAUCCCGUCUGAACACGUAUGCUAUCUGUUAAUAGCAUAUACGAAGCUGAUAGUCACGGAGGUUUCAACCAUUUUCCAGCUUGUAUCGGGUCAACGUUCUGUUAUGAAAGCACCAAUUCUGUUGAAACCUGAGGCUGAACCUGUUUUUCGUCCAAAGAGAUCAGUGCCGUAUGCUGCAAUGUUCGAAGUUUAUAAAGAACUUGGUCGCUUUCCAAUCCGAGUAGUUAUCAUGCCUGUUUCUUAUUCUGCUUGGGUAGCACCUAUUGUAGUUAUCAAAAAGGCUAAUGGCGCUUCACGAAUAUGCGCAGACUUCUUCACGGGCCUUAACGCAGCUCUAGAACAGUAUAAUUCACCACUGCCAAACCCUGAAGAUUUUUCAACUAUGCUAUGUUUCAGAGCUGGACCUUGUUGAUGCCUAUUUACAGAUGAAAGUGGCUGAAGAAUCAAGAAGGCUACGUACCAUUAUUACUAAUCGUAAUUUGUUUCAAUAUGAUCGUCUAUGAUUUGGAUUAAACACCUCCCAUCUGUUUUACCGCAACCAAUGUCAUUUAAGCUGAGAAUUCAUAUAGUUUUUUAACCUUCCCAUAUCAAGUGACUGAGAUUUCAACCGACUCUUACUCUGGAAUGAGUUAGUAGAACUGUUACAGCUGCUGUUGUGCAAACAUCGAUAAUAAUUACUAAUAAUUCAGUCUGUGAUAUUAUAUCUGACUCGACUGAUUGCCUGAGAUAUUUGGUACCAAUUAAGCUAUAUUUAAACUCCUGAAGGAUUAUCUUGAAUGAAAAAUGGAUGUCAUAGAGAGAAUUAAUUUCUUGAGACAUUGACAGACCGCUAGUAAGCAGUUAGAUACGUGACCUAGCUUAUAACAGGGAAUGUCUUCUUCUGAAUUUACCUCGAAGUCAUCCAUAGGUGUAUUGAUUUUGAAGUGUCCCACCUAUAUGCCCAUGAAGUCUAUCUGUGACUUUUAUCACGAAUGAAGACUUAUUUUCUGUUCAAAGGAGUGAUAUUGCACUGGCUUUUACUUUAUUUACAAGGACAGUUAGCAUCGAAAUACACGAUAAAUGCCUGACUGUCUUAUUUUGUUUUGGUCUCUACCAAUAAUUGUUCUCAGUAAGGCUUGUAUUUUGGAUCGACCAUAGCCGUAAUUAUGAUAGUAAGUUUUCGGAAUCCAGUGUUUCUAGAUUGAAGUUAUGAACCCAACUCUCAAAGGAACCUUCGUGAUCCUGAAUAAAUCUUCGUUUAGCGAUUUCAUUCCCAUUUUAGAGUGCCGUAUCACUGUUUGGUCAUUUUAUUGCGGUGAUUUUAUAAACAUGUUUAAUUGCCAAGUGAUAUUAAGCUUGUUUGUUAAGCAAGAGGUAACGUUGGGAUUACUAGUAAAUUGAAAUGCAGGGAGUAUUUUUGUUGCAAACAGUUUGACUGGAGGGAUCUUGAUGACUCUUAUACAACAGCUGAUUGCAUGGUUACGGGGAUUUUCUCACAACCGCCCACUUGACAGUCUCUGACCUUAAUGGCUCGAAUUUAUAUUAAGUCAUUGAAAUAUCUGUAAUAAUAGAGAGGUUAUCAAGACGAAAAUCGUAACAGAUGAUGAAACAAGCGACGGAACCUAGUUCUCACUUCGUUUGCCAGCUGCCAAGCAAUAACGAACGGAGGUGUUGGUUGAAGUUCCUAACCGAUGAAGCUGAGAUGCUGAUUAACUUACAAUCAUAAAAUCUAUUUCGGGCUAUGAAGCUUUUUAAAUACCGGUUACCGUCAUCAGAUUGAAAUUAAGCUAACUCGUUUCACCAUUUAUUUCCGGGGGUUAUUCACUUCUACACUUAGUCCUAUGGAAUCACAAAUUAGCAGUUACCGUCAGUCAUUAAUGCAGACCGUUUGAAACUCUCUGCUUUGUUGAUAGUUCAUACAAAGCUCCUUGAGCUGACAGAUGUAGGACACACAGAGUACUCUGCUAAACUGAAAUACUUAGGCAUUUUCGUAUCCAUACACAAACAAAAGUUCAUCUUUGAUUGGAGGAUACAAAUGAAUGACCAGCGUCCUUCUACAACUAACAAGUAGAAUGCUAGGUGUCGGAAACAUACUUGUUUCAUCCACUAACAUGAGAUAUUAUAAAGUGAGCCUCACCAAGAACUGAAUGUGAAAACCCUAAAAGAAACGUUCUCGAGGUCCUCUGACAUCCUCUUGGUCCUUAGAUACUUUUGAGUGAGAAACCAUAGAAUAUUUAUGUGAAACGACAACAGUUUCAUCAGUAAUAUGUAAUCAGGCGCCAACAACAUUACACUUGAAGUGCCAUAUCUCUUCUAUUGGGCAACAUAGAAGUAAAAAUUUAAUGUGGUAGAUAACCAUAAAUUAGAUAGGGUUUUAGUUGAUCUGAUCAUAAGACUCUGGCGGAGAUAUUACAUCAGUG